AGGCAGCUGUCAAAUUUCGCUUGCCGAAAACAAAAGCGGCGUUUUCCAAAAGAUACAGCUGCACGGAAUUUUAAUUUUAUUGUUAUUUUCGUAGCUUUCGGUUAAUUUUGCGAUUCAAAAUGGUCAAACUAACGCCGGAUUUGAUCAAUCAAUCGAUGCAGUACAUGAAUCCCUGCCGGGAUCGCGAAUUGGAUCUGCGCGGCUACAAAAUACCUCAAAUCGAAAACAUGGGAGCAACGCUGGACCAGUUUGAUACCAUCGAUUUCUCCGAUAACGACAUUCGCAAGUUGGACGGAUUUCCACACCUACCUCGGCUGAAGUGCUUACUGAUGAACAAUAAUCGGAUAGUGAGAAUCAGCGACACGCUCCACGAAUCGCUACCCAAUCUAGAAAGUGUGGUUCUAACGGGGAACAACGUUCAGGAACUGGGUGAUUUGGAACCCCUCGCGAAACUGCCAAAUCUUCAAGCUCUCUCCCUGCUAACGAAUCCCGUCUCGACCAAGCAGUACUACCGGGAGUACGUGGCCUUUCGGUUUCCCAAUCUGCGUCUGCUGGACUUCCGGAAGAUCAAACUAAAGGAACGGGAAGCGGCCAAGGAACUGUUCAAGAGCAAGAAAGGCAAAGAGCUGCAGCGGGAGAUCAUGCGGAAGGCGAAACUGGCCAUGCCGGCAGCGGAUAAACCGACGGUUCACAACGCGACCCCGGCUGACAUCCAGAAAAUCAAAGAAGCCAUCAAACGGGCCACGAAUCUGCACGAGGUGGAGCGGUUGACGAGGAUGCUGCAGUCCGGGCAGAUUACCGGCGAAUUCAACUUCAAUGGUAAAUUGCAACCGUUUGUUUGGCUAAGCGCGUUUCUGUGUCGUUUCAGGCUUACUCGGUGGAGCUAUCUGGGGAGGCAUCCAGAAGAAGGUUCCCAUAACGGUUGAUUUCCUAUGCUUUGUGACCAAAUCGUACUCACGCUCGGUUUUCUUACAGAUUGAUCUCAGGUGGACCUAUCCCAGGCUGACUUAUGAACUCCCCUCCCUUGACAACUUCCGCUACCAUCGAAUGUUACUAACGAAUUGUGUUUCAUUUUGUUUUGUUCG